GCCUUGCACCUCGAUGGUAUUUUUGAGCCUGUUCUGCAACCUGGCAGCACAACAGUAACUUUACACAAAUACGUUAUAACGCAUUUGUUCUUGAAAAUACGCCGUGUCCGUAGAUUACAGACUCCGGAGUCACAAGUUGAACUGAUAAGAGCUAGAAAGCACCAUUUGGAAACGGUUGGAGCAGGAAAACGUGACACACGUGUUUAGUUAUGGAGCAUACGGAUCAGGAAAUAGGCAGGAAUGACACAUCUCUGAAGUACGAGGAAGAGUUUGAAGGCUUUAUUUCUUUGCACUCUGCUGCUUUAAAGUCUUCGAAAAUACCACCGUUAUAUUGGAAGAGCCUGUUUUACAAACUUGCCAAUGAGGUGUUUGAUGCAGGGGAGGUUUUCGGUAUCAUGCAGGUGGAGGAGGAGGAAGAGCAGGAGGAGGAAGAGCAGGUGGAUGAGUCCAAGAGGAAGAACCCAGGGGCCGGGAUCACCAGCAAGGUCGUGGUGACUUCAGAGAGUGGUCUGCAGGCCAGCGAGCCCACCAGCGUGUUCCUGGUGGACCACGCGUGGACGUACCGUGCGGAGAACGCCCGGCAGCAGCUGGAGGAGAUCCCAGGCCUCCUGCACCGCAUGGCCAACCUCAUGGGCGUGCCGUUCCAUGGGGAGGUGCCCGACGAGGAGACCGUGGAGGAGGUGCUCGCCGAGAUGUGGAGGUACAACCAAACCUACCAGCUCUCUCAGGGGUCUGCGGAGGAGAAGGUGCCAGUCUGGUACAUCAUGGACGAGUUCGGCUCCCAGGUGCAGCACUCUGACCUGCCGACCUGCUGCAUGGCCCCCUUCUUCUACGGGCCCCAGCAGAUAGCCUACACGGUCCUGUGGCCCCUGCAGGACCUGGACAGCGGAGAGGAGGUGACGCGGGACUAUGCGUAUGGCGAGACGAACCCCUUGGUCAGGAAAUGUCGACUGUUACCUUGGGAACCGUUUGAGAUUCGGGGAACGCCUUCUUUCACGCCAGAGCCUUCUGAUCAGUACUAUGAGGUAAUUUCACAAGAAGGCAAAGAAAUUCCUCCCUGUGAAAUCCAGCCCCACGUGUAUCCUGAAGAUAAGGUGUUCAAGGUGUACACUGACGUACGGCAGGUACUGAGCCACCUGAAACACCCCAGGUUUGAGUUUGUGGAGACCGAGGAGGAGGCAGACAUCCUGUGGAUGUUCUCCCAUAUCCAUGACUUCAGGAAGCUGAGUGAGGAGCGUCCUCAUGUCCUGUUGAACCAGUUCCCCAGUGAGUGUCUCCUCACGGUGAAGGACUGCCUGGCCGCUCUGGCCCGGAGAGGGGCCGGGGGUCUGGCCGCGGCCUGGCUGCCCAGGACCUUCAACCUGCAGACGGAGCUUCCCCAGUUCAUCAGCCACUACCACGAGAACAAGGAGAGCGGACGUGAUAAUCUCUGGAUCUGCAAACCCUGGAACCUGGCCCGCGGACUGGACACCCACAUCACCGACAACCUCAACUACAUUAUCAGACAGAGGGAGAGCACGCCGAAGGUGGUGUGUAAGUAUCUGGAGGACCCAGUGCUCUUUCAGAGGGAGGAGCUGGGCCUGGUGAAGUUUGACAUCCGCUACAUGGUGCUCCUGCGCUCCGUCAGUCCUCUGCAGCUCUACGCCUACAACGUGUUCUGGCUUCGCUUUGCCAACAGGCCGUUCUCUCUGGACCACUUUGAUGACUACCAGAAGCACUUCACCGUGAUGAACUACGCGCCAGGAGUGCAGCUGAAGCAGGUUCAUUACGACGAGUUCAUCCCCAUGUUUGAGAAACAACAUCCCCAGUUCCCAUGGGCAGAAGUCCAGGCGGAGGUGUUCAGGUCUUUCGCGGAGCUGUUCCAGGCAGCCUCGUCCCGCCCCGCUCCCUACGGCGUCUGUGCGUACCCCUCUUCCAGAGCCAUUUACGCCAUCGACCUCAUGCUCAAGUGGGACACCGACAACCACGGUCAGAGGGUCAUGAGGCCUCAGAUUCUAGAAGUAAAUUUUAGCCCAGACUGCAACAGGGCCUGCAAGUACCACCCCCAAUUUUACGACCACAUGUUCCAGACCCUGUUUUUGGACCAGACGGAGGGCUGCCCCAUCACCCGCCUGGUAUAAACCCACUGACGCACUGGGCAUUCUGAAAAAAAAAAAUGCAAGAAAAUAAAAUGCAUUUUGCAAUU